GACUGCGCCUGUGUGAUCACGUCGCGCUGAUGACGUCCUGGGCAGGCUGCGCUGUGCGGUUACAGGUGGCGCCUGUCAUGGCGCUUAGUGAUUACGCGCUUAUCGUCUACUGCAGGUAGGACGCGGCUGUCCUCUGUCCCCAGGGCUCGUGUGUGCCGCUGGUCGACAGUGACGCAGAGAGGAGCGGUGCUAUAAGGGCAACAGCAGAAGUCCAGAUGUCUGCUGUAGCUUCCUUAAAGUCUGUGGGCAAGAAAACGGUAGCAUCAGAAGUCCCGUUUGUAGAUCUAUGCAACACUUUAGAAAGGAUUCAAAAAUGCAAGAAACGGCCAGAAAAAAUAAAUAUAUUUAAGCAGUUUGUUGAUUCAUGGAGAAAAUUUCACGAUGCCCUAUAUAAGGAUCAACCUAAAACUACAGACUCUUUCUAUCCAGCCAUGCGACUUAUCCUUCCGCAAUUAGAAAGAGAGCGGAUGGCAUAUGGAAUUAAAGAGACUAUGCUUGCUAAACUGUAUAUAAAAGUUCUUGGUUUGCCUAAAGAAGGCAAAGAUGCCUUACAACUUUUAAAUUAUAGAACCCCUACUGGCUCAAAUACUGAUGCUGGAGAUUUUGCUGCUAUUGCAUACUUUGUUCUCAAAUCAAGAUGCCAAAGAGAUGGAAGCCUGUCCAUACAAGAUGUCAAUGACCAUUUAGAUUCCAUUGCAAAUAACAACGCAGGUAGAAAGAAAGAGCUUGUAGAGAAAAGCCUCAUUUAUUUGAUAGCUAACACCAAUGCUCUGGAACAAAAAUGGCUAAUUAGAAUGAUCAUAAAGGACAUGAAACUUGGCUUUAGCCAGCAAACUGUUUUUUCCAUCUUUCACCGUGAUGCUGUGGAGCUACACAAUGUCACCACAGAUCUAGAGAAAGUGUGCAUACAGCUGCAUGAUCCCAAUGUGUGUCUCAGUGAUGUCUCCAUUUCCAUGUUUUCUGCUUUCAAACCAAUGCUUGCAGCAAUUGCUAACAUUCAGCAUAUAGAAAAGCAAAUGAACCACCAGAGCUUUUACAUUGAAACAAAACUUGAUGGCGAGAGAAUGCAGAUGCACAAAGAUGGGGAUGUGUAUAAAUAUUUCUCCCGGAAUGGGUUUGACUACACCCAGCAGUUUGGAGCCUCUCCCCUUGAAGGUUCCCUAACUCCUUUUAUACAUAAUGUGUUUCGCACUGAUGUGCAAAACUGCAUUCUAGAUGGUGAAAUGAUGGCUUACAAUCCAAAUACUCAAACCUUCAUGCAGAAAGGUAGCAAAUUUGACAUAAAGAGAAUGGUUGAUGAUUCUGACCUUCAGACAUGUUACUUUGUGUUUGACAUUUUGUUGUUUAAUGAUCAGAAGUUGGCUCAUGAAACUCUUGCAAAAAGGUACAAUAUCCUUCGUGAUCUAUUUAUCCCAAUACCAGGAAGAAUUCACAUUGUUCACAGAACAGAAGCUAGUACCAAAAAAAGUGUUGUGGAUGCACUGAAUGAAGCAAUCGAUAACCGGGAUGAAGGAAUUAUGGUUAAAGACCCUAUGUCCAUUUAUAAGCCAGAUAAACGUGGAGAAGGGUGGCUAAAGCUUAAACCUGAAUACGUUAAUGGCCUAAUGGAUGAAUUGGAUCUUCUAAUUAUUGGAGGAUAUUGGGGCAAAGGUCUCCGUGGUAGCAUGAUGUCUCAUUUUUUAUGUGCAGUGGCAGAGACACCAGCACCUGGAGAGAAGCCAUCUGUCUUUCAUUCAUUCUGUCGUGUUGGCUCUGGUUACACUAUGAAAGAGUUGUAUGACCUUGGUAUAAAGUUGGCUCCACACUGGAUACCUUACCGAAAAAGAGAUCCACCUCACAAUAUUUUGUGUGCAACCGAAAAACCUGAAGUUUUUAUACAACCUUGUAAUUCGGUUAUUGUUCAAAUAAAGGCUGCUGAGAUUGUUUCUAGUGAUAUGUACAAAACCUCUUGUACUCUCCGAUUCCCCCGAAUUGAGAAGAUAAGAGAAGACAAGGAAUGGUCUGACUGCAUGACGCUUGAUGAUUUGGAAAAUUUACGAGAAAAAGCAUCUGGGAAAUUGGCUUCAAAGCACUUUGAUAUUAAUGAAGAACCACAAGAAAAAAAACGCAAAACUGCCCCUAAGAUUAGGAAAGUAAUAGGAGUGGCUUCACAUCUGAAAGCACCUGAUCUUACCAACAUCUCAAAACAGUCAGAUGUGUUUAAAGAUGUUGAGUUUUGUGUGAUGAGCGGAACAGAUGAACACUCAAAGGCUGAUCUAGAGAGCAAGAUCGCUUCAUGUGGUGGCGUAGUAGUGCAAAAUCCUGGGCGAGACACCUAUUGUGUUAUUGUAGGAGCCCAAAAUGUCAGAGUUAAAAACAUUAUCUCAUCAAAUGAUUAUGAUGUUGUUAGAGCAGCUUGGCUACUUGAGUGCAUUAACAUGAAAACCUUUGUACCUUGGCAACCUCACCAUAUGAUUCAUAUGUGUCCGUCCACCAAAGAACGUUUUGCCUACGAAUAUGACUGUUAUGGUGACAGUUAUGUCACUGAUACUAAUGAGAAUGAGCUGAAGGACCUGUUUACCAGAAUGCCAAACUUGGAUGAAAAAAUCCCUUUGGAUAUGAUUGCUGACCUAGGACAACGCUAUUCAUGGGAAAAUAAUUCUCACAGUAUAUUCCGUCAGUGUAUUGUAUAUGUAGAUGUUUUCACUACCAUCAGUGACCCGAGCACUACAAUUGAAACAUCCAGUUUGAGUAUAAGAGCACUGGAGCUGCGUUUUCAUGGAGCAAAAGUAGUGAGCCGUUUAGAAGAAGGGGUAUCUCAUGUAGUUGUAGGUGAUGACUUGUCUCGUUUAGCGGAAAUUAAAAUUCUAAGGCGAACCUUUGAAAGAAAAUUUAAAAUUGUUACAGUUUUAUGGGUACUGGAGUCAUUGAAGAAUGAAGAACUUUUAAUGGAACAAAACUAUUUAAAGUAAUACUGUUAGAAUGUUUUCAUACUAUUCUCAUUGUACAGUAUCUUAAUUCUUAGGACGGACUUGAAAUUUCACUAAAAUAUUAUUUUAUAAAAUCAUUUUUGUAUAUUGCAAAUAUAUUUUACAUUGAUGUAUACAAAUUUUAUUUAUAUGUAAAAUCAUUUAAAUAUCAAAGAUCAAGAAUUAAUCCUGGUGAAAGCCACUUUUCUACCCACAAGCUUAAUAUGAAGUACUAAAAUUGUAGCUCUUAAAUGUGAACAAAAAUAUUAGGAAAUGUGCUUUUACAUUUUUAACAUGUUUCUGUUUUAUCUCUAUCUUAUUUAUUGUUAUAAUGGUCUUAAAAUAAAGCUAUAUUUUAUCUGA